AUGCGGGCGGACUAUCUAUCUAUCUAUCUAUCUAUCUAUCUAUCUAUCUAUCUAUCUAUCUAUCUAUCUCAGUCUCUUCAUAUCUAUCUUAGUCUGUUCAUGUCUAUCUGUUUCUAUCUAUCUAUCUUAAUUUGUUUCUUUCUAUCUAUCUAUCUAUCUAUCUAUCUAUCUAUCUAUCUAUCUAUCUAUCUAUCCCAGUUUGUUCAUUAUCUAUCUAUGCAUUUAUCAAUGGUGUCACCCAUCAGCGGUAUUGAUAUACGUUUCCCAUUUGCUCAUUUAUUUUAUCAUAUAUCUAUCGAUCAAUCUAACUCUGUUUCUAUCUAUCUAUCUAUCUAUCUAUCUAUCUAUCUAUCUAUCUAUCUAUCUAUCCUUAAUCUAUCUAUCUAUCUAUCUAUCUAUCUAUCUAUCUAUCUAUCUAUCUACGACUUUAAAAGCGCGUCAACCGAACAUCGUACAUCCUUUCACCACAAUCCUUUUUAA